AUGGCAUACGAAAUACAGGAAGUGCAUAUUCGUCAUUGUAUGCUUUUUGAAUUUCGCAAGGGUAAUAACGCUACAGUUGCGACUAAGAACAUUAGUGAUGUUUACCCAGGUUCAUUAGAUGUUCGCAAAUGCCAAAGAUGGUUUUCCAAGUUUAGAUCUGGGAAUUUUGAUCUUUCUGACGCCCAUCGACCAGGAAGACCAAUGUCAUUAGACAACGACGUUCUAAGGGCAGAAGUUGAAGCAAAUCCAUGCCAAACCAUCGAAGAAUUGUCGAACACCCUUAACCAACCUUGGUCGACCAUCCAAGAACAUUUACACGAGAUAGGAAAAAUCAGCAGAGCAGGUGUUUGGGUCCCCCAUAACUUGUCAGUGCAAAACAAAGCCAACAGAUCAACCACGUGCAAUGCAUUGAUUCAACGGCACCAUGCAGAACCGUUUCUUGAUCGUUUGGUCACUGGAGAUGAAAAAUGGGUCCUAUACGAUAAUCCAAAACGCAAAAGGCAGUGGCUCUCCCCAAAUGAACCAGCACGCAGUACUGCAAAGCCGGGAUUACACCCCAAGAAGACGCUCCUGUGUGUUUGGUGGAGCAUCCGCGGAAUCGUCCACUUUGAAGUGCUUAUUCCUGGACAAACUGUUAAUGCGGACCUUUAUUGUCAACAAUUGGAUCGAGUGAACCAAGCUCUAGUUGAGAAUUACCCGGCUAUCGUCAACAGAAAAGGUGUCAUUCUUCAACAUGACAAUGCAAGGCCGCACUGUGCACGACGGACGCUUGAAAAAUUAAUGAAUUGA